AUGAUUCUUGUCAAUUGGAUCCUUUCAUUGUACGAAAUACUCUGGCAAUUCUGCACGGAGCCGGCAUUUGCCGUCACUUCAGGAACCUACGUCUAUCCAUUUCAAGGCAUCAUCUAUUUCUUCAACAACUCAGAUAUCUGGCCGUUUUACGGCGCCAUCAUUAUCCCACAGUUCUUGUUCAUGUUGGCGGUAUACGCCGUCAUGUACGUUGCAGUGUAUCCGCUUUAUGCUCUUCUUUCUUUCGUGGCUUUCGGGCCAUUUGGAGUGGUGAGUGCAUUCUUCACGGUUUUGCAGUACUCCAACAUGAUUCUGAAUUUCUUGAUCUCAGUGGUGCUUAUGCCGGGCGCUAGGGAUGUGGUAUUCGACGCCGUGUUGAGCAGAGAAGGCCAAGACUAUGUGGUUUUCCAGGAGAAGCUUCGUCGGAAGCAUAAGAAACUGUGGAAAGUGAAAAUCACCACGGUCAAAACCUUCCUUUUUUGCAAACUUCCAGAAAUCAUUCUUCUCGAGCUAUUGAUCCUUUUGGUCGGUAUCAUCCCAGUCAUUGUCUCCAUGGGAGAUACUACAAGUUGA